AUGUCAUCAUCCACUGCCACUAGACAAAGAUCUACUGGUGGUACCAGCGGCAGUAGCAGCAGCGGCAGCAGCACUAAUGCUGCCAGCAGCCAACAACAACCACAACAACAACAAAAUGAUCCAAACUCAAAUGUCACUGCACUCAUUGACAAAUACCAGACUCUAUCGCGUCUAUAUGACUACUCUUUAGUCAACAGUGCAGUCAACAGCUCGUUGAACCUCUACAACUAUGCCAAGAGCUACACACUGCUCAGAAUGCCCAUGGAGCUAUCAGAGACAACCAUUGGUAUAGUGGCCAAACCCAUCUAUAGCACAUGUGAGCCAGUGCUCAACUAUGCUGAUAGGUUCAGCGUUGACAAGUUGGACAAACUAGAGACAACUGUCAAGAAGGCAACAGAGUAUGUGAACGAAGUGACACACCCAGCCAGAGACUAUGCCAUCACCAAGGUGACCGAAACCAUCAACACUGUUGACGUCACACUGGACAAUGUCCUGGAGUAUGGUCAUAAACAACUUCAAGGAUCGCCUUUGGCCGACCUAGUUGACAAGUCUGAGACCGUUGCCGAGAGCAUCGUCGAUACGAUAUUGCCACCACCAACCGACCAGAAGGACCAGAAGCCAGAAGAUGACUCUCAGCUCUACCACCUAGAGAAGAGGUUCCCAGUGCUCCACAUGAUCAGGAGCAGAGUGAAUUAUGAGUCCGUCAAGCAAAUUCCAAAGAACACCUACAAUGGUAUCUCGAGCAUGGCCCAAGUUAAGCCAAUCAACGUCAUCAUUGAUCUGCUAGAGUCCACCUCCAACAAGAUCAGGAACAUGACAAUGUCCGACGUCAAGGAGGAGGUAUCCAAGAAGACCAUCGAACAACUCUACGUCUACCUUGACUCGACUGCCGCCACCAUCGGUUCAUUCGCGCUCUGGGUUCGUCGUGCCAACCCAUCAGACGCCUUGAACAAGAUCAUGGAGCUGACCGAAAUGAUCAAAGCUUCCAAGGAGGCCGUACUCCAGAUUGCCGACAAGGAUGAGAGAAUCCAUAAAUUCAAAGAGGACUGUUCCAACAUCAUUCAGAAGGCCUCUGCUAUCUUGAGAGAGCAGGUGGACAAUGGAUUCGUCAAGAUUGAGGAGUGGAAGAGGUCUGACUAUAGCGUGUUGAGACACACAAUCUACAUGAUUGAGAAUGCCGUCCAGAACAUACUCACAACUAUUCCAGCUAUCCUCCUCGUUCCAACACAAAUCGUUGAUAUGAUUGGCAACAAGUACAAGGAGCUCAAGGGUGAGGGACAGGCAUCAUCUUCCUCGUCCACCCCAAUGGAGGGAGACUCGCCCACCGCCACCCCAAGCCAGCCGACCCAAUAG